AUGAAUAAAAACAAUCAGUUGCGGUACGCAGAAAAUGGGGAGCGAGAAAAGGUCCCGAAUUUUCUAACAAAAGCGAUUUCGAUCUGCAAAUUGAACAUGGCGAAACCGUUUUGGACGGAAUGGCAUUGGAGUAAUGAUGAACGGGGUAUCUGCCCACCAUGUGCGGAAAAACCUUAUGACGGUGCAGGAAAUAGAAAAAACAUGCUUUAUAGAUACAAAGUACGGACCUGUUCUCAACCAGGCGCUUGUAUAGGCCUUGGUGAGAAAAAACACGAGUGCAAUUAUAUUCCUAUGUGCCCUCAACAUAAGCCCUGGGAAGAAUGGACUCAAUGCAGUCCAAGCAAAUUCGAAAUUUCACAAAACGCCACUGCUCCUGCUACUUGGACGAGAACGAGAGUCAGACCGUGCAAAAAAUAUUGCGACAAUGGAAGACGACAAUUUGGAAAACUCCCAAUUUACGAAUUUGAACAUCCAAAUAUCACGAAAUUGACAGAUAUUGAAAACUGCACCGCAGCUUACACUCUGAAUAUCGAGGACAAGUUCACCUACAAUGAAGAGCUAGAAUUGGAGCGACUUUUCAAUCAAUACGAAGAUUUUGGGAAACAAGAGAUUCCGAGAAUUGAAUUGAGGGGAGAAAAAGAACACGAUGCAAAAAUUGUCGGACUCGUUUUUGUGCUAAUAUUAUUGCUUUUCAUCAUGAUGAUCUUGACGAAUGCAGUAGUGGAAUUCUACAAAGGACUUCAAUCGACCAAAAACAAGGAGGAAAACCAGCGACUUUUAAAAUCACCAACUAUCUCUCUUCGAGAAAUGUAA